GUUUGGUCUCAAAAAAAAUGGUGAAAUGAGAAAGAUAAACAUAAACAACAAAACUGUGUCAGAAUCGAAUUUGAUGAUAAAUAGGAGCCGUUUUGCAGUACUAAACUCACAUUUCUCAACAACCCUUUUUCCUCCUAAACCUUCCCUACUCUCUACUUCCAUGGCUUCUGAGAAAGAAGCUGCCUUGGCUGCUCUUCCUUCUGAUUCUCCCACCAUAUUUGACAAAAUUAUCAGCAAGGAAAUCCCCUCUACUGUGGUUUUUGAGGAUGAUAAGGUUCUUGCUUUUAGGGAUAUAUCUCCUCAGGCUCCCACACACAUUUUGAUCAUUCCCAAAGUUAAGGAUGGUUUAACUGGUCUUUCCCAGGCUGAAGAGAGACACUGUGACAUUCUUGGCCGACUUCUUUACACAGCUAAGCUAGUCGCCAAGCAAGAGGGACUCGAUGAUGGCUACAGAAUUGUGAUCAACGACGGGCCACAAGGAUGUCAAUCUGUUUAUCAUAUUCAUGUCCACCUGCUCGGGGGACGACAAAUGAACUGGCCACCUGGCUAAAGAACGAUUCGAUUUGCAGGUCAUCGGGACAAAGAUUGUGUGUCUCUUCAAUAGAUUGUUUAGAUUAUCUUCCUUUGCGUAAUGUCAAAGACUCAAAACUAGUUUUAACAACAAUAAUUGGAUUGUUUCUGAUGGCCUUUUGUUGUU